ACCACCUCGACCCCCGUUCCCCUCGUCGAGACGCCCACACACACCGCAGACAUGAGCGCGCCCGCCGACCCCACCCAGCGCGUCGCCAUCGGCAUCGCCUUUGGCAACUCGUACAGCUCCAUUGCCUACACAACAGGCGACGGCAAAGCAGAGGUCAUUGCCAACGAGGACGGCGACCGCUACAUCCCCUCGCUCCUGUCGUACGUCGACGGCGAGGAGCUGCACGGCGGCCAGGCCAAGGGCCAGCUCGUCCGCAACCCCCAGAACACGGCCGCCUACUUUCGCGACUUCCUGGGCCAAGAAUUCAGUGCCAUCGACCCCUCGCCGUGCCACCAGUCGGCCCACCCCGUCCAGCACGAGUCCGGCGUCGCCUUCUCCAUCCGCGACACCGAGGACGAGACGCCUAGCACAGUCACCGUCGACGAGGCCACCACACGCCACCUCAAGCGCCUCCGUGCGUCAGCGUCCGACUACCUGGGCAAGGAUGUGAACGCGGCCGUCAUGACGGUGCCCACAAACUUCUCGGACGCGCAGAAGGAGGCGUUGCGGGCGGCGGCAAAGAACGCCAACAUCGAGGUCCUGCAGUUCAUCAACGAGCCCACGGCCGCCGUUCUGGCCUACGACGCCCGUCCCGGCGCCCAGCAGGCAGACAAGAUUGUCGUCGUCGCUGAUCUGGGCGGCACCCGCUCCGACAUCUCCGUCCUCGCAUCCCGCGGCGGCAUCUACACCAUGCUCGCUACCGUCCACGACUACGAGGUCAGCGGCUCCAAGCUCGACCAGGUUCUCAUGGACCACUUCGCCAAGGAGUUCAUCAAGAAGCACAAGUCGGCCGGCGACCCCCGUGAGGAUGCACGAUCGCUGGCUAAGCUGAGGCUUGAGUGCGAGGCUGUCAAGAAGGCCCUUUCGAUAGGCACCACGGCCAACUUUUCCGUCGAGAGCUUGAUUGGAGGCAUCGACUACACGGCAACCAUCAACCGCACGCGGUACGACCUGCUUGGCAACAAGCUCUUCUCUGCCUUCACCCGCCUCGUCACACAAGCCGUCGAGAAGGCCGACCUCGAUCCCCUCGACAUCUCCGAAAUCAUCCUCGCUGGUGGAAACUCGCACACCCCCAAGGUCGCCUCUGCCGUCCGCUCAGCCUUCCCAGACAGCACCACCGUCCUCGCACCCUCCACCUCCCCGACCGCCAUCAACCCAUCUGAGCUGCCCGUCCGCGGCGCCGCCAUCCAGGCCAGCCUCAUCCAGGAGUUCGAGCUCGAGGACAUUGAGCAAAGCACCCACCCCAUGGUAACGGUAACCCCGCACCUCACCACCGCCAUCGGCGUGCUGUGCAUCUCAGGCGACGAGUCAUCCGGCGUCUUCCACGCCAUCAUCGACGCAGAAACACCCCUCCCCGUCCGCCGCACAGCCACAAUCUCCACCCCGCAAAAGGGCGGCGACGUCCUCAUCAAGCUCACAGAGGGCUCACGACACAUCAAAGUCACCAAGCCUGAGCCAAAGCCAAAAUCUGACGCCAAGGACGAUGACGAUAGUGAUGAAGAUGACAGCGAGGAUGAGGCCGAGGAGCUGCGCGAGAAGACGUGGAAGGUCGGCAAGACGCUUAGUGAAGCGGCUAUUCGCGACGUCAAGAAGGGCGGGAAGGUAGAGGUCCAGAUCAACGUCGGCGUCGAUCUGAGUAUCAAUGCUAUCUUCCGCGAGGUCGGCGCAAAGGGUGGUGUCAGGGGUCUUGUGCAGGGCCAGAAGGCGCAGCAGAAUGGCGGUUCGUAGAUGGACGUUUUUACUUGUGUGACUUGACUUGACGAACUAGAAACGGGUUGGUGGAUGGAUUAGAUAGUGUUGACGUGCAUGUUUGGAAUGGACAACGAUUCAUCACG